CCGAGGACGGGAAACGUGUUGAAAAAAAAAAAAAAAAAGGGACGAGGGACAAUCGUAUUUGUCGGACAAAAAGGAACAAAGCCACGGGAAAACGUACGCAAACCUUUGAAGCUUUAUAGUUACUUUUCAAUGGCGGAGACCGGAGCAGCGCCAGCGCCGGCACCGAAUCCAGAGGCGGAUGACGACGAUCAAACGGUGGAGCUCGACCUCUCAUCCACAGUCCUCGACCUCACGAGCUUUCAGCUCCACGAUCUCGACUCGGUCGAGUUGCCGACGAGUCUGACCGAGUUGGACCUCACGGCGAAUCGGCUCUCCAGCUUGGAUCCUCGGAUUGGAAACCUCUCGAACCUCAAGAAGCUCUCUCUGCGCCAGAACCUCGUCUACGACGCCGCCGUCGAACCGAUCUCUCACUGGCACGCCUUGGCUGGCCUCGAGGAGUUAGUUUUCAGGGACAAUAAGUUAACGAAAAUACCUGAUGCUAGCAUAUUCAAGCGGCUUUUGGUCUUUGAUGUUUCUUUCAAUGAGAUUACUGCUUUACAUGGAUUGUCCAAUGUCAGCAACACCCUUAAGGAACUAUAUGUAUCUAAAAAUGAAGUUCCUAAAAUUGAAGAGAUUGACCACUUUCAUGAACUGCAAAUUCUUGAACUGGGAUCCAACAGAUUGCGGGUUAUGGAAAAUUUACAAAAUUUGACAAAUUUACAAGAGUUGUGGCUGGGAAGGAAUCGUAUCAAGGCUGUGAAUUUAUGUGGGUUGAAAUGCAUCAAGAAGAUUAGCUUGCAAAGUAAUCGUUUAACUUCUAUGAAGGGAUUUGAGGAAUGUGUUGCUCUAGAAGAACUAUACUUGAGCCAUAAUGGGAUUUCCAAAAUGGAAGGCUUAUCUACCUUAGUCAACCUUAGGGUCUUGGAUGUAUCAUCGAAUAAGAUAACUUCUGUGGGUGAUAUUGGAAACCUGACACAAUUAGAAGACCUAUGGCUGAAUGACAACCAAAUUGAACUGCUUGAAGGCAUUGCUGAAGCCGUUGUGGGUUCAAGAGACAAGCUUACAACUAUCUACCUCGAAAACAAUCCAUGUGCAAAGUCUCCCGGUUAUUCUACUACUUUGAGACAAAUUUUCCCAAAUAUUGAGCAAAUUGAUUCUGAUAUGUUUGCUUAGAGGACAUGGUAUCGUUCUAUCGGGGCAGCAUCCUUGAAAGCACUAAACGACCAUGGCUUAUAGUUAGGCAAUGUCUGGUUCAGGGGUUUUUUCUGAUUUGGUGUAGCAAACUUCCAGUACCUACUCAAGCAUGGACUCUUGUCAAUUUUGCAAUUGGUCAAACCACGACUUUUAAUGAUGUUUCCAGUUUAUUUAUGCCUCGCUCAUCCUGUUUUAUUUUCUUUUUACACAUUAUAUGAGCUUUUUUUUUUCUUUUGUGACAUGAUAAUUAUGUAUAUUUCUUUUUUGUUUUUUUCAAAGGGAUUACGUAUCCUUUUGGAUGCUUGAUGUUUUUA